AUGCGAACGAAGUUGUUUUACACGCUCCAUAAAAGCCCAAAGUAUAUCAAAGAGCCCGUAAUAUCGUAUUGGCAGCAUCUCACAAUCGAUUCAUACUAUGUUUUCGAGAAGAUAUACGAUGAGUGCGAGAAAACUAAUGAGAAAGUUUCGCGUAUGUACAACAUUUUAGCCAAAGCUUAUGGGACAGGAGCUGAACAUCAAGAAGUGAGAUCAUUUUUCCUACAAUUUGGAGCAGCAGAUCGCCCAACACCUCGAGAGGUAGCAGAGGUGUGGACACGCCUACUACGUGACAAGUCCGACGUUCGCAACUCAUCUCACCGCAAGCCAUUUAUCAUGGCUGUGCUGUACAUGUUACAUAUAGAAAGGAAUCUAGGGGUGUCCAAAAUGGUUGAAGUGAGCCCAGACCGCCGCGAAACGCUCAAGCGCUUUGCCAAAUGGGUCCCAUGCCAGUGCAAGUGUGGCCGGGAGUGGAACUUUGUCAACGAGAUCGGGCUUUCGCGAAGCGGUGAUACACGUCGAGAGUGCGACUUAAACAAGUUGUUCGACUGUAAUAGCUGGAUGCUUGUGUUCAAAGGUGAUCAGGUGCGCAAGUUGGAGGCCACACGACAGCUCUGGGAGGCAAUAGUAUGA